GAAUUACUAGGAGUGGCUCAUGAAAGAUUGUAAGUCAUCACAGUCAAGUUUGGCAUAUUGAUCACGGAAUAUUGCUACAUUAGUUGUAAUAGAUAUUUCGCAUUAACUUUAACUACCAUUCAUCAAGUUUGGCAUCAUGCUUAGUUCAUAUUUGUGUUGGUGUCAUCUUAGUAUAAUGUUUUAUGGUCUUAACCAAUAUUCUUCUAGGAAGAUAACUCUUUGGUUUUCAUCUUAACAUUGUAUUUAUGAUUAUGAUCUCUGGAUUCUCCACAAAUUCAUAGGAAUGAUAAUGAAUUUGCUAUCAAACGGACCCAAAUCACAUCCUUAAUUGAUUUGCUUAUUCUUCCACUGGGCCAACCUCUAUCUAAUUACUUGAAGUCCUCAUGCAGGGUGCCAAAUAGCAAACAUUUAUUAGAUCAACUCAGUGGAAAUUGAUUAAAUCAAGUUUGCUGGAAUUGCACCUUAUCUACCUAAGAACAUGGUUUCUGCAUUUAGAUUUUUGUAGAAAGAAUUAUUUGGGACUCCUGAAAACUAUUGGUAAGAUUGCAUGUAACACGUGCCUUGUUAGCAUUAGAUUAACUUCAAAUUCCAUAAAUGAUGGUAGUAUGCUACUGUAGGAACAUUAAAUUAAAUAAUUAUAUCACAAUCUCAGUCUGAUUUGACUUUCAUAGCUUUUCCCAACUGCAUUGCAUUUCAUUAUUGAUGCCUUGAAGGAAGGUUUGCCAUGAGAAUCUCUCAGUAGUCAAAAGAGUAUGUAUAAGUAUCCAAAUCAUCUUUGUUUUAACUAAGGAUAUUUUGGACAUUAUGCUUAUUGUUAUUGAUGCUGUUGGAGUAGUGAAAAGAUUUAGACAAAUGCAUGAUAUGCUUUCUUCUCCAUGCAAAAAACUUUCAGUGCAAGUGUCUCAUUUCUUUUGGCAGCAUCUCAUGCUCUUGGUUUGCACAAGCAAAGCUUUCCAUGAAUCAUAAAGGCAUGAAGGAGGCUCAACAGGAUGACUGAGAGUUUGUAGCAGUCAUGAAACCCUUCUUGCUUCCACUCCUGCUGCUGCUUGCUCUGCCAUUGCCAUUGGCGAGAAGCCAUGACUACCACGACGCAUUGGCCAAAUCCAUUCUGUUCUUUGAAGGCCAGAGGUCCGGCAAGCUGCCGGCGGACCAGCGCGCCGUGUGGCGCGGCGACUCGGCCUUGUUGGACGGGUCCGAGGUCGGAGUCGACCUCACCGGAGGGUACUACGACGCCGGGGACAACGUCAAGUUCGGCUUCCCCAUGGCCUUCACCACCACGAUGCUGUCGUGGAGCGUCAUCGAGUUCGGCGACUGCAUGCCGGCUGACGAGCUCCGCAACGCCGCGGCGGCCAUCCGAUGGGCCACGGAUUACCUCCUCAAGACCGUCUCCCACCCCGGCAUCGUCUUCGUUCAGGUGGGGAACCCUAUAAGCGACCACAACUGCUGGGAGCGGCCGGAGGACAUGGACACGGCGCGGACGGUGUACUACGUGAGCGCGGACCGGCCGGGGUCCGAGGUGGCUGGCGAGACGGCGGCCGCAUUGGCGGCGGCGUCGAUGGUGUUCCGCCAGACCGACUCGGCCUACUCGCGGAAGCUGCUGAAGAAUGCAAUGAGGGUGUUCGACUUCGCCGACACCCACAAGGGUGCUUACAGUGACGACCCCGGGCUCAAAGCUGGGGUGUGCCCCUUCUACUGUGAUUUCGAUGGAUACCAGGAUGAGUUACUGUGGGGAGCAGCAUGGCUCAGAAGGGCCUCAAGAAACGAUUCCUUCCUCAAUUACAUCCAAAACAAUGGCAAAACUCUUGGAGCAGAUGACAACAUCAAUGAGUUCGGAUGGGACAACAAGCAUGCCGGCCUCAAUGUCCUCAUCUCCAAGGAGUUCAUGGAAGGACAAGUGCUCUCGCUGGAGUCCUACAAAGAGUUUGCCGACAGCUUUAUGUGCACACUGAUACCGGAGUCUUUCUCCUCACACAUCCAAUACACUCCUGGUGGGCUCAUCUACAAGCCCGGAGGCAGCAACAUGCAGCAUGUGACCUCCAUCUCUUUCCUCCUCCUCGCCUACGCCAAGUACCUCGCCAAGUCUUCACAGACUGUGAACUGUGGCAGCAUCCAGGUUGCUCCAUCGUCUCUUCAGCUUCAAGCCAAGAAGCAGAUUGAUUACGUGCUGGGGGACAAUCCAAUGAACAUGUCGUACAUGGUUGGAUAUGGAGAUCGAUAUCCGCAGCGAGUUCACCACCGAGGUUCUUCGUUGCCGUCAAUCUCCAGCCAUCCCAGGUUCAUUGCAUGCAAGGACGGCACAGAUUACUACAGGUCUCCGAACCCUAACAUCAACCCUCACGUCGGAGCGGUGGUCGGCGGCCCGUCCGACGACGACGUCUACGAAGAUGACCGUGCGGAUUUCCGCAAAUCGGAGCCUACUACCUAUAUCAACGCUCCGUUGGUUGGCGCUCUGGCCUACUUUGUGGCGAACCCUAAUGCAGGCCUUGUUCUUAGGUAGUGGCAUGCAUGGGGAGUUCCAAGUGUACAUGAAACAGCGAGUAACUAAAGAAAGGAAACAAAAGAAAAAGAGUGCCAUGGGAUUUUAUUCAUCGCAAACCAAAGAGUUAUAUGCAUUUAGCUCAAAAGUUUUUCCUUGAAUGACAUGUUCCUUUUUCACAUCAA